AUGGAGCUCCCUGGCGCGGAUGGGACGCUGUCCUGUUCCAUAGAGGAGACGAACGCGCUUCGUCUGAAGCUGGGCUUGAAGCCGCUGGCGGUGCGUGAUUCCACUCCUGCUGCGGAGGAGAGUGUCGCCAAAGCUCCGGAGCCGACAGAAGCAGACAAGUCGGAAAUAGAUGAGAGCGUAGCCGCUCGCCGGCGCCUGAUUGAAGGCGGCGGCAUAGCCGACCUGUUGGCCAAGAGCGAUGACUUGGCUCCACCGGGUGUCGAUGACGAAGCUGUGGCGGUAGAUGGCGCUUACAGUUCGCUCGAUGUGGAGGCAUGGUCGCGGCGAAUGGCCGCAAUCCAUCGCCGCAAACGUAUGGGCACGUUAAAUUACAGCGACGACGAGGAAGAGGAGCCCGUCGCGCCGGCUGUGCCGCCGAAGCGCACUGCUUCUGCUGUCAAGAGUGGCGCCAAGCUGAAGGUUCUGCACAAGGUGGACGAGUUGCCGUUGGAUUCCGGUAAGGAAGUUGUACUCACCUUGGCGGACGUGGGCGUGUUGGAGGCUGAGUCUGCGGGCGUCGCGGAGGUGAACUUUUUGGAAAACCCCGAGCUCGCCAAGCGCGGCGGGAUCAACCUUAAGGGUGGCAGCGGUGGCGCUGGUGCUGGCACUGCGGAGUACAACCCCUACGAAGAGGAGGACGACGGUGACGAGAAGUCAGACAUUCUGCGCAAGUACGACAGAGCAGUGGAGGAGUACCAGGGGUCCACGCUUUCCAACCUCGCAGGUGGUAAGCGUGGGUUCUACGUGGAUUUGGAUAGUGGCGUGGAGCCUGUUCCAAAGAAGGCCAAUACUCUGUUGACCCAGCCUACUGAGGAGAGUUUCGACUUCGGCGGGCUGCAGCGCAAGAAGGAUCUGUUGAAGAACCGCCAUCGUCCGGUGAACUGGGACAAGGUUUUCAGUUCCAAUUACACUAACGCGCAACGCUCCAGUCAAGCGGAUAGUUCAGCCACGACGGAUGACGUUGCUCCGUCACAAAUCGUCAAGCGAGUAACACUGGACAUGGACGAUGUGGAGGAGUGUAACCACCUGUAUGCUCAGCUGUCCAAACAUCGCAAUCGCACUCUAUCUACAGUGAAAACGGAGGAACCUGAACGGUCUGCAGAGACCGCAGUACGCACCAGCGUUAUAGACACCGGGGCGGUCGCCGCUGAUGCGCCCGGUCUCCAGAUCAACGCCACAUCUGAGCUUAUAAAUGCCGUUAAGCCCAGGCAUGACGAGGAGGAACCCGCCGUUCAACGUGUCGCUAGAAGUGUUUCGAAAACUUCUGGUCCAGAACAGACCGAUGAUGACACCGCGGACAAGGUGGAGUACCCCGACGGCAGCGUGGACAACACCGCUCCGAUGACGUCGGGUAUAGCCGCGGCGCUGGCGUACCUGAAGGAAAAGGGUGACAUCAUCGAGGAGAAGCGGGAUCUGUCCGACGUGGGGAAGGACAUCACCCUGCACUACAUGGAUGAGUACGGCCGCCGCUUGACUCCGAAGGAGGCAUUCCGCAAGAUAUCCUGGAGCUUCCACGGGAAGGGGCCCGGGCUGAACAAGCAGGAGCGUAAGAUCAAGCGGAUGGAGCGCGAGCGUCUGUCGAAGAUUAACCCGCUGGAGGGCCUGCCCACCAUGAAGGCGCUGCUCACCCACCAGGCGGAGUCCAAGUCGUCGCACCUGGUACUCAGCGGCAACACGCCAGGCAUGUGA